UGACAACUUCCAAACGACCCCUUACUGGAUUGUCAUUGGUAAACGUUACUAUUGCUGCUCCAACAACCAACAGUCCAACACAUAAAGGCAAAAUAGUAACAAUCAAUAUUUCGAAAAGAACAACCUUUGUCCCGGUGAAAUGGCUGGCUUAUUGGCUUCCAUCAUGACACUAAUAUCCAAAGGUUAGUCCCAGAUAAAUGGACUUGUAGACGCAGGCAUGUCGAUACCAUAGUAGCUUAAUGAUAAGAUGUUCAUAUAUUUACGGUGAUGUUCAUAUUAUCUUAUUUUUUUAGGAUUCUAGCGUUAUAAUUCUCCUAUAAGUUGUAAAAAAAAAAAAAAUUCGAACUAUUUAUGACAGGACAUUAAAAGUAUGACUCUCUCUGAAACAAGUGAAGUGUCUUGCUUUAAGUUUCGAUGUUAUGCAAAAAAUAAAUCUACGGUAUAGUAAAGUUCGUAUACAAUUAGAUAAAUUUAAGCAUUAUUAUGAGUAAAACUCGUAAUCGAUUAACUUUUGAAGAAACUCAUAAGAUUUAAAUUUUAAAGUGAAUGUUCCUACUCUAGUUAAAAUCAAGGGAAGAGUGUAUUCAAAUUAUCAAAGACAAGUAUUAGACAAAUAUAUUAUAUGUACUCAAAUACUUGAGAUAGCAAGAAGAAGGGGGGAAAACCUCACUGCCAAGUGCCAACAUCUCUCCUACUCUGCCUUGCUCUCUAAGGCUCUCCAAUAAAAGCAAAAGGUUAUUUAUUUCCAAAAAAGAAGCCAAAACCCACAUUCUUACUUUGUAGUUGAGCCCUUGCUGUCAGAUUCCAUUCCAAAGAGCCACACAGAAAACUUCCAAUCCAAGGCAAGCACCCUUCUUCAUGGAAUAUUUUUGGCAAACAAUUCCCUUCCCAGUUUUCCUAUACGAUGUUGGAUCUUUAUCAGAACGGAGAUAAAUCUCCAUCAUCAUAAUUAUUGGCUUAACGAUAAGAAUAGAUGAUUCAAAAAUAUACAAUAUGAUCAACACUUUUUAUAAUCAUAUCAGUAUUCCUUACAACACGACCAUGAGAUCUCCCAAUUCAUAACCAAUAUCUUCACUUUUAUUUUCAUUUUAAAAAUCUUUUACAACCAGUUACCACCAAUCUUCACAAUAAUAACACCUACAUGUAUCAUUGGUAUUCAUUGUGUAUAUGUAAUCAAUUUCACUCCCCCAAAACAAUUCAUCAUUUUCUUCAAACCCACACCAAAUUCCCCUGUAGAAAAAUACCCUUCCCUUUGUUCUAUUAUUAUCAGGCUUACAGUACCCUUUAAGAGAUGGUAAGGGAAUUUGCUUUUUUUUUUUUUCUUUCUUUCCCAUAAGUGGUGGUUUGUAACUUUGUAUAGCCAUGUGACAUGAUGCUGCAGUUGUUAGCUGGAUCUUUUCACCAUGACAACAUAUCCCAUCUAACCACAAAGAGCCCCAUUCUGCAACCAUCCUUCACCAAAGUUUCCCUUAUGUGACAAUUACCAUGCAAAAGGGUCUUUUGUGUGUGUCCCUCCUCUGUUUAAUCUCCAUGAUUAGAGGGUUACUAAUUAAUUAGCAUUUGUUCUGUUGGGCUGUAAAGUAAGAGUGAAGGUUGUUCUUCUUCUACACCACCUUUAUUAAACAGCCAACCAACUACAACAGGAUAAAGAGGAUCAUCAUAGCCAAGAGAAGGUGGGUGGGGAGAAGAAAGGCCAGCAUAAGAGAAAGGCCAGCAGCCAAGAGGGGAAGAAAAAAAACCCAUUGUAGGGUUAUUCAGGAAAUCAUGACAACUCAGAAACAGAUGGUGGUGGUGAAGAACCCAGGGCAGCAGCUGGUUGCCUACAACGAGAGCCCAUUGCUGCUGGAUGACAAGGAGGACGAGAUGUCGAGGUCUGCAUUGGCGAUGUUUCGCGCCAAAGAGGAGGAGAUCGAGAGGAAGAAGAUGGAGGUUCGAGGCAGAGUUCAGGCUCAGCUGGGCCGUGCUGAAGUGGCUACCAAGCGCUUGGCUGAGAUUCGAGAAGAGCUUGAAGCUUUGACGGAUCCGUUGAGGAAGGAAGUGUCGAUGGUGCGGAAGAGGAUUGAUGUUGUCAACCGGGAGCUGAAGCCAUUAGGCGUUAGUUGUCAGAAGAAGGAAAGGGAAUACAGAGAAGUACUAGAAGCAUUCAAUGAGAAGAACAAGGAGAAGACACAGCUACUCUCCAAGCUGAUGGAGAUGGUGGGUGAAAGUGAGAGGAUGAGGAUGAAGAAGCUGGAAGAGCUGAGCAAACACAUCGACACUCUCCGCUGAAUGACAACAUUGCUGACCACUAUAUAACAAUUUCCCUCUUUAUGUCAAGUGUUCUUUGUUUUGGAUUAACAUUUGUGGUUUCUGUCAUCUGCAUCAAUCACCUCCUUCUGGGUUUUUUUUGGUUCCAAUUUUUCAUGAUGAGCAUGUUGUUGACACAGAAGCAUACUCAUGAACCAUCCAGGUUUUGGUACCAAAUGACUAAUUAGGUCAUAUAUGUAUUUGGUUUGGAAGUCCUUUUUGUUAUCUGUUCUUGUAUUCAAAUGUAAGAUACCCAUGCUUUGUUCAUCCAACCACCUAUACAUAGCAACAUUUUGAGAUCAUCAACCAUAUUUCAUUUAGACAAGAAAGUUAAGAGGAAAUAUGGUUGAUGAUCUCAAGAACAUGUUAAGAACAGAAGACCUCUCGACCACAUAAUUUUUUUGAUACCAUGUUAAGAACUCGUUGACGUCAAUAACUCGAAUUUCAAUGA